AUGGCAUCUGCUCAAGGGCUUGCUUCGUUGACCCAUUCGUUAUUUGCAGUUAAACGGCAGCGUUUUAUGGGUCUCCGUGGUUUCUCAGCGCAAUCCUGUGCUAGGGUUUUUCCUAGAAUCUGCAAGCACCAAAAACCCAACUUCAUCGUUGCGAAGUCGAGUAAAGUUCGAGACUUUAGGCUGUUCAAAUCUGUUGAAUUGGACCAGUUCCUGACUAGCGACGACGAGGAUGAAAUGGGUGAAGGUUUCUUUGAGGCGAUUGAAGAAUUGGAGCGAAUGACAAGGGAACCCUCCGAUGUUCUUGAGGACAUGAACGACCGGUUAUCGGCCAGAGAGUUACAGCUUGUGUUAGUCUACUUUUCUCAGGAGGGUAGGGACUCAUGGUGUGCGCUUGAGGUGUUUGAGUGGCUCCGAAAGGAGAACCGGGUCGAUAAGGAGACGAUGGAUCUUAUGGUUUCCAUAAUGUGUAGUUGGGUCAAGAAAUUGAUUCAGGGCGAGCACGACAUUGGGGAUGUGGUUGACCUUCUUGUGGACAUGGAUUGUGUGGGUUUGAAGCCGAGUUUUAGCAUGAUGGAGAAGGUGAUUUCUUUGUAUUGGGAGAUGGGUGAGAAGGAGAAGGCGGUUCUGUUUGUAAAAGAGGUGUUGAGACGUGGAAUUGUGUAUUCGGAGGACGACGAUACAGAUGGGCAUAAAGGAGGGCCAACUGGCUAUCUUGCUUGGAAGAUGAUGGUUGAGGGCAACUAUAGGGAUUCAGUGAAGUUGGUGAUUCAUCUAAGAGAAUCUGGGUUGAAGCCAGAGGUCUACAGCUACCUCAUUGCAAUGACAGCUGUGGUUAAGGAACUAAAUGAACUUGCUAAAGCUUUGCGCAAGUUGAAAGGUUUUACAAGGGCUGGGCUGAUAGCUGAAUUUGAUACAGAAAAUGUUGGGCUUAUCGAGAAGUAUCAGUCAGAUCUUCUAUCUGAUGGAGUACAGUUGUCCAAUUGGGUGAUUCAGGAGGGAAGUUCUUCACUCCAUGGAGUGGUUCAUGAGAGGCUCCUGGCAAUGUAUAUCUGCUCUGGGCGUGGACUUGAGGCCGAGAGGCAGUUGUGGGAAAUGAAACUUGUUGGUAAAGAGGCUGAUGCGGGACUUUAUGACAUUGUUUUAGCCAUCUGUGCUUCCCAAAAGGAGGCCAGUGCUAUAGGACGGUUGCUUACGAGAACAGAGGUUACCAGCUCUCUGCGUAAAAAGAAAAGCCUAUCAUGGUUGCUAAGAGGGUACAUUAAAGGGGGACAUUUUGAUGAUGCUGCAGAAACAGUAAUAAAAAUGCUUGAUUUGGGUUUGUGCCCAGAGUUUUUAGACAGGGCAGCUGUGCUGCAAGGGCUAAGGAAAAGCAUCCAAGAAUCUGGUGGUGUAGAUACUUACCUCAAACUUUGCAAGCGCCUCUCAGAUGCCAGUUUGAUUGGACCUUGUCUUGUAUAUCUGUUUAUAAGGAAAUAUAAGCUUUGGAUCAUAAAAAUGCUUUAA